GUCAGUUCACAGGCCACCCUUCCCCACACGGUCUUGAAGACUCUUUGGGCACUUCUGGCAUUUUCCCGGAGCUCUUCAAGCCCCAGAGCAAUAACACUGCGGCUAAGUCGUUCAAACCCCCACGGAGGCGUGGCUUCGGAACCGGAAGAACCUGGGUUGCCUAGGAAACGCCACGCGCCGAGGCGCCUACCCAGCCAUUGAUGUUUAGGCUGAAGCGGAGGCUAACAGUUCCACCAAUUUGAAGAGAGGAGGCUUUGCUCUGGACCACGGAUCCUUUCUGUGGAGAAACGUAGCAGAACUGAGGCAUCCCGGCGCUAGAUACCCAUCCCAAAGACGGGUGCGUCCUUUCCUGUUCGUCAUCAGCUCCGCGCCCGCGGGACUAACCACAAAGGUGUUUUGCAAAUAUUUGAAUCAUAGCAUGGGAUUGCUAGACAGACUUUCAGGCUUGCUAGGUCUGAAGAAGAAGGAGGUUCAUGUUUUGUGUCUUGGACUGGAUAAUAGUGGCAAAACAACAAUCAUUAACAAACUUAAACCUUCAAAUGCUCAAUCUCAAGAUAUAGUUCCAACAAUAGGAUUCAGCAUAGAGAAAUUCAAAUCAUCCAGUUUGUCUUUUACAGUGUUUGACAUGUCAGGUCAAGGAAGAUACAGAAAUCUCUGGGAACACUACUAUAAAGAAGGACAAGCCAUUAUUUUUGUCAUUGAUAGUAGUGAUAGAUUAAGAAUGGUUGUGGCCAAAGAAGAACUCGAUACUCUUCUGAAUCAUCCAGAUAUUAAGCAUCGCCGAAUACCAAUCUUAUUCUUUGCAAACAAAAUGGAUCUUAGAGAUGCAGUGACUUCUGUAAAAGUGUCUCAGUUGCUGUGUUUAGAGAACAUCAAAGACAAACCAUGGCAUAUUUGUGCUAGUGAUGCCAUAAAGGGAGAAGGAUUGCAAGAAGGAGUAGACUGGCUUCAAGAUCAGAUCCAGGCUGUGAAGACAUGAAAAGAUAAUAUUUGGAAACCUCAUCAAUUUUCAAUUCAAAGGAUAUAUUUAGGCAAAAUGAAUAUUUAUAUUUUUUAAAAGAUGUUUGUGCAUCUAAAAGUACUUUAUAAUCCUCUGUUUCCAUUUAUGGUCUCUGAAUGUGCUUUUUAAGAACAUAGAACUGCAGGUAUGCUAAUCUGACCAUUAUAUGAAAACUAAAACCUCUGAAGAGAUCACCAAAAUUAUUGACUUGUUAGUAAAAGUCUGCAUUUGAUUGUAACUAGAAUAUUUAGAGUCAGAGUUGUAAGCCAUCUCAAUAUCGCAUCAUGAUUUAUAAUAUUUAUGAUAUCUAUAAUGCAUUUUAUUUUUUUAACUUCUAAACUUCUUAGUUUAUGAUAUGACUUUACAGUGUAAUUAUGCUUAUGAGAAAACUUUAAAUAUUUUGAAGGACCAUGGUAAUUAAUAUAGCUUAAAUUUUUACUAUAUGUCACCACCAAUAAAACAUAAAAUAUACUAAAUGGUGUGCUUUGUUUAUGCUAAAAAGAAUAAUGCUUUGUUUAUAUAGUAUUUAGUGUUUCACUGUCAGGCAUUUGUAAAUUAUCUGGGACCAAAUUAGCUGAAUUUAUCCAGUGAAUAUGUAUUGAACAUUGCUACAUAGACCAGUCUGACAUUGUCCUAAAUUGAUGAUACCUGGUAAAUAAGACAUAUUCAUUAUCCUUAGUAAAUAACUUUAAUGAGGAAGAAUAGCAGAACCUUGAUAUAUAUUAUCUAAUUUUAUUUGUUGGUUGAAUGAAGAUACUACAUUUGCAAAUUAAGAGUGAAUUGAUUUGUUAUGCUUCCAUAAUUAUAUAACUGACUUCUUAUUUCUACUUUUAAAGUGCCUGCAAUUUACUAAAGUACUUUAUUAAAUAGAUUGUAACUCAUUAAGUCAUAUUUUUCCUUAGCAUAAAAUGGUUGCAUAAAUGUUAAGAAUUUCAGAUAUCUCAGGUAUCUACUUUGUGCAACUUGUAUUACUUCUUACAAUUUAAAGACCACUUAAAAUUGUAAACUGUAAAUAGAAGUUUUCAUUUUAAAUUAAUUACUGAAAAAUAGUGUAUCAAGAAAUGCUAUCAAUCUGGAAAGCAUUGCAUAGAAUGAAAAGCUAUUAUGUGUACAUCUUAAACCUUUUUAUCUGUGAAAAUAAAUAAAAGACAAAAAGGUAAAAAAUAAAAAUAUAUUUGCAGCAAUGUAUUUCACAGAGAUCUGAACUAAGUUAUAUUAAAACUGCAGUCAAAGUUCUGAACCCAGUUUCUCAGAGUCCAUAUAUCUGUAUGUAUUGGAAUUUGCCAAAUUGAAAGUUAACUAGAAUAUUCUCAUGGUCCAGCAUUUUGACUGGUUUACCAGUCUCAUAAAUUGUUUUGAUGUGAAUACAGACUGAGAUUUUCUUUAAUCUAGAGUUACUUUAAAUAUAAAAA